UAGGCCUAUUAGAAACACAGUAGUCUUUGUCUUAGAAAGUUUCUUUAUUGGUUUGGGCAUCUUAAUAAAGCACAUUCUCUUUUGAAAUGUUCUUGUUUAAAGAAAGCAGUCCACUCUAAGCUGUCCCUAUAAAUAGACUAGCAUAAGAGCUCAAAUUCAAACAACCUUAAGCUUCAAACUCUUUUCUCCAUAACCCAAUUCUCCUUCCCCAAAAGCCACCAUAACCAUUGGAUUGAAUUCAGUUUGAAUUCGAUCCUUGAUUUUAAGAAAUUACAAAACAACCUGCAAAUUUCUCUAAAUUAGACAUUCCAAUUAUCCUGUAUUACUUAUUAAGUAGACAGGACUGUCAAGAUGGACAAGGUGACAAGAUUGGCUACAGAGAAGGGGGUAGUGAUAUUCACCAAGAGCUCAUGUUGCCUGUGUUAUGCAGUCCACAUUCUAUUUCAGGAACUUGGGGUGAACCCCGCGGUUCAUGAGAUUGACCAAGACCCUGAAGGCAGGGACAUAGAGAAAGCUCUCAUGAGGAUGGGAUGUAAUGGGCCUGUACCAGCUGUGUUCAUUGGAGGAAAGCUGAUAGGAUCCACUAACGAAGUCAUGUCCCUUCAUCUAAGUGGCCACUUGAUCCCAAUGCUGAAGCCUUAUCAGCCUUUAUCUUAAAUAUUUUACUCCAAUAUCUUUUUUGGAAGAAUAAAUUGGGCUCAAAUUAGUAGUAUCUUCAUAUUGAAUAGUCUUUAUAUAUAGUGUUUAUGUGUGAACUGUGAAGUGCUUGUAGCAUUUGAUUAUUAGUAGCUAUAGUGUGUAAUCUGUUUGCUAUUCUUAAUGAAGUUGGCUUUAAAUACUA